AUAAAGUGGAGAUGGUCUUGUAUCCAUAUUAAUACAUCCUUGCUCCUCCUUUCAACACACUCCCUCUCUUUCUCUCAUCUAAUUUUCUGGGUGCCCCAAAAUAAGAUCAAAACACAUCUCAAAUUUCUGCAUGAAAUCAUGAAUUUUCAAGAAACUCAUGGCAUUAAAUCUGCAUGUGAUCAAGGACAUGAUUCAAGUUCUUCCCAAACUGAAGAAGUUACAUUCUCCAUUCAAAUGGAUGAAUUUGUUCAAAUAAAAAGGCCUCCAGCGCCUCCACCACCGCCUCGGUUUCACAAGAAAGUGAAUGUGGCAGCAUCGCCUGAAAGUUGUUCGUCAAGAAACGUAUCUUUAAAGAAAAAACUUUUGCCAAAACUGAGUUUUAAGAGCCGAAAUACUAUUUCCGAUGUAAUAAUACCAGCAGCCUCUCGUUUCUUACCACGAGAGAGACCGUCUAUUACAAGAUCAUGGUCACUUACAAAAAUAUUUACAAAGAUUACAACACCGUCUCGACUUUUUAGCCCGCCUGGACAUUCGGACAUGGAGCCCGGAUUGAGAAGAUCAGGCGGUUCGCUUGAUUUGCAUACUGAAGUCCACGAUGAUAUGCGUCGAUCUCAAUCUGUCCCCAUCCUCACUGAAAACACACGUAUGAAGAGAACGGAUUCUUUUUUCCGUCUGAUCCCGUCAAGGGUGAAAGAUAUUGAUGUCGUGAUACCAACCCGUAUUCCUACUGACGAUGAUGCUAAUGGUGACGAUAUACCAGAAGAAGAUGUUGUUUGUAGGAUAUGUUAUGUUGAAUUAUGUGAAGGUGGAGAAACCUUAAAGAUGGAAUGUAGUUGCAAAGGUGAACUUGCAUUAGCCCAUAAAGAAUGUGCUAUAAAAUGGUUUAGCAUAAAAGGUAACAAAACAUGUGAUGUGUGCCAUCAAGAUGUUCAAAAUCUGCCUGUUACACUUUUAAGAGUUCAAAAACGUGUUAGCAACCGCGAGGAUGUUGCAACUGCAGCCCAUGACCACCAUAUUGAAGUCAAUGCAUACAGUGAUAUCUAUAGGGUGUGGCAAGAAAUGCCGCUUCUAGUUACUGUUAGCGCGAUUGCAUACUUUUGCUUUCUUGAACAGCUUUUGUUUAGGAAGAUGGGUUUAGGUUCAAUUGCUCUAUCUCUUCCAUUUUCAUGUGUGCUAGGAGUUCUCUCAUCCAUGACAUCUUCUGUAAUGGUUAAAAGAAGAUUUGUCUGGUUAUACGCAUCGAUCCAGUUCUCCUUAGUAGUUGUUUUCGCACAUCUUUUUUACAUGGUGGUUGAUGUUCACCCAAUUUUAUCGAUUUUUCUGGCAAUGCUUGUGGGUUGCGGGGUUGCUGUAUGUGGUAAGUCAAUUGUUAUGGAAGUAUUGAGGUUAAAAAGACGGUGGUGUAACAGAUCAAAUCAACAACGUGAUUCUCCGGUUGUUGAAAUCGCACCAGCAUCAUUGUCACUAUCAGUAUCACUAGCAUUCAACACUCCGCUGCCAUUCUAACCGUCCUAUAUACCUUUUUCAUAUCUAUUAAAAUGUUACCAAUAAGAUGUAUUUUAUUUUAGAUUAUAAAGUUUUACAAUGUUAUUAAUAAGGGUAACUGACA